AUGGACGCCACGAACGUUGGAUGGACGAGCGUCAGACCGGAGAGCGAUGAAGAGCGAUUCGGUAUGCGGUCACAAGAACGGCAAGCAGCCUUCGACAAGAUUGAAGCCGAGCGUAGCUCUGUCGAGAUCGAUCGCGUGCUUUGGGCGUUCUGCCAGUUCGCCGACCUAGACUUCGUGAAGAGGUUGGCAGCGUCAGAUGCUGUUUGGAAUGCAGAGACCGAUUUUCUGCGCACGAACGCUGCUAUAGAUGCCGUAAGGCUCUGGCAACAAAAGCCAGAAGUAAAGAACGACGUCGCAUCCUCCAACGCCGUUGCACCCGUCUCCCGCCCCCAUACCGCCUCCGGGAAAGCAUCGCGGACAAGAUCAGGACGAAGUGAGGACGGCCAAGAGGCCAGCCUUGGAAGAUCAGCGGUUGUCGCAGCUCGCUGUAAAGAUCGAGACGGCAACUUUUGUGCCGUAUCAAGGACAAAGGGUGCAGAAGCGGUCAGUAAACUCCCUGCCCACAUUUAUCCAUGGAGCGCGUUUAGAGAAAAGAGCCCGGACCGAGUGGAGAGCUUUUGGGCUACCAUGAGAAUCUUCUGGAAGAAGGCAGACGUAAACGCAUGGCGCGAGCAGAUCUUUGUCGACAACAAUGCGAGCUCCAGAGGCACAGAGAAUGUCGCCAACAUGAUCUCGCUGACCUCGACACUACACACCUUCCACAAUCAAGGUGCGUUCGCGCUGCGCCCUGUACAAAUCUCCGACGACAAGAAGCAGUUGGAACUAGAGUUCCAUUGGUUGGUCAUAGAGGAGCGCGAGAGAGGUACCAAGGCCAAGCUCAUGGACAUGCCGGAGUCCUCAGAAGACCGGGCAGAGUCUGGUGACGGCUACGGCCCGUUUGCACGAAGGGAUCCCAACGGCAGCCAGCUCCUGAAGAGCGGACAUAGAUUCAUCAUGUCCACCGACGACCCGGUCAACACACCGUUGCCGGACCCAGGCCUGCUCGCUUUGCAGUGGCACCUUCAGCGUAUCCUCGCGAUGUCGGGCGCGGCUGGUUGGCGCGACGAAGCUUUCGAUGACGACGACGACGACGAGGAGGAUGCGGAUGGCGUGCCCGCUCGGGAUGUUGACGGCUGGAUGCGACAACUCCCUGAAUCACCCUCCGGCUAUCAAAGCCCUCCACUGUCGCCGAAAGUGCAAGACGAGUAG